AUGGCGACGACGAUGAAAGGCCUUCUUAAAGGCCUUCGUUACAUUACUCAGAUUUUUGAUGAAGAGAAAGAGGAGGAGAUGCAGAUUGGAUUUCCGACCGAUGUAAAGCAUGUGGCCCACAUCGGUUCCGAUGGUCCAGCCGCUAAUACGCCAAGCUGGAUGAAUGACUUCAAACCUCAAGAACAUGAGAAAGGUCAAGUCGUUUCCAGAGGAAAUUCUAACAAAUACAACCCUCAAGCGAUGAACCAACGUGGAGCAGGGCUAAAAGAAUUGCUUCCUCCGAUCAGCAACGAGAAACCGAAACAGAAAACAAGGCGGAAACACGCGGCGGGGGCUUCUCCGAACCCGAACGGGUCUCCGCCUAGAAGAAGCGGCGGAAACGCUGCAUCAUCGGACGAACACCCGAAGCAGUCGAGACAUAACCGCAGCACACACGGGUCGAUGGAUUCGUCGAGUGAUCAAGAGCCUUCAGUGCGUAGAAGGCGUGGUGGUAUGUCGGUUCACGACACGGAAGUCUCUAACCAUCUUCCCGAUGGUUCAGCGCCUCCACGGAAGGCAACAUCGCGGCCGAGGAAGCUGAAAGGAUCGGUAGGAGGAGAAGCAUCGAUGAAGAAAUCAUCCAAAGGAAAACCAGCUGAUGAUAACUGUAACGAUACUAUCUGA